AUGUCAGAGUUUUGGAGGAGAGUUUCCAAUGUUUUGGAGUUGGUAAUUUAUUGGAAACGUUAUGAAUCAUUUGAGGGAUGUUCAUUGGCAACAGGUGAUUUAUCUGUGACUGAAGCAAUUCCUUUGGUGAGAAUGCAAAAGUUAAUUGAGGCAACAGAGAUGAAUUCCAAUCGUGAAUAUGCUCAAAUAAUUGAUCCUUCGAAGUGUUAUAGAUCGUACCAUCCUUAUCCGAGUUUGGAUACUAUUGAGAAUGAAGUGGAUACUCCUGAGAUGAAUGAGCAAUUCGAAAAGAGAAUGCAGAAACUAGUAGUUUCUAAUGAGAAAUUUGAAAAGAUUUCAGCACUAACCCACCUCAAUUCCUAUGAUUUGUUCCUACACAAAGCACUUAUUCUAUCUCUGAAUAUGAUUUCAUACUUUGACAGUGAAAAAUGGAGUGGAUAUUAUGAUGAAGGUGAUACCUAUGAAAAUUGCUGUUUAAUUUCUCAAGGAUUAUUUUCAAAAGAUUCCUCAGAUUCGAAAGCUCUUGGCCUGAUGAUUGAUAUGAAUCAGGAUCAAGAUUUUACACAGUUUAACCAAGUAGCUUCGAAUUACAUUGCAAUAUCCAUAGUGUUAAAUGAAUGGAAUUAUAGGAAUUUUGCUAUACCUGAUCAUGUACAAUACUUAUGCUUUCAAUUUGGUAGAUUAUCAUACUUUUAUGAGGGUUCUGAGUUAUAUGCUAAUUUUCUGAGUGAACAAGAGGUGUUUCCAAAUGUUAGAGAUUUGACAAUUCGUAUGGAUACAUUUUUGGAUGAUAGUUAUUGGGAUUUUGUAAAAACAAUUGAGAACAACAUUAUUAGUGGUAUAAAUAGGAAGAGAUUCCCAAAGCUAGUUCGUUUAUCAUUACAAGGAUUUUCACUCAUGGACAAUCUUAUGGAAUUGGAUAUUUUAAGCGAAUUACCCUAUGUUGAAAUAAUUUCUCAUUCUAAAGAUUACAAUUUCAAUGUAAUACCUAACUGGUCUCAGAGGAGAGUUCACGAUUUCAUCAAACAUCGUUUUCUAGAGAAGGAUUCACUGAUUCAUCACUUUAUAACACAUGCAAAUAUUAACAGGUUAGGACAAGAUGCAGAUUAUGAGUCCAUUAAGGAAUUUUAUGAUUUGAGUUUGGGCAAAUUUGUAGCAUCCAUUUCACAUUCAUCCAUUGCAGAAUAUUACACUAACUGUUCUGAAUAA